AUGGACAGCAACGCUAUUCAGAUCGUCGUCCGGGUCCGCCCAUUUCACGCCGAGCGAGAGCAGCCAUUCCUCUCCCGACCUAUCACUCAACACUAUUUUCUCGGGGAUGGAAACUUUGCCUCGUCUCCCCGACGACCUAUAUCAGCCGGCUCUAUACGACAAGUGAUAGAUGUCUGCGAUGACCGGAUGCUUGACUUUGACAAGCCCGAGGUGGGAGCGGAGACCAGGCGGGGCCAGCCCGGAGCGAAGCGAUACAAGAACAGACAAUACAUCUUUGAUAGUGUGCUGAAGAUGGAGGCAACGCAGGAGGAGGUGUUUGAGAAGACGGCGCUGCCGCUGAUUGAUGGGGUAUUGACCGGCUUCAACGCGACUGUGUUUGCGUAUGGCGCGACAGGAUGCGGAAAGACCCACACCAUCAGCGGCACCCCAGAAGAGCCCGGUAUCAUCAUCCGCACCACUGCCGAGCUAUUCCGCCGGAUCGAAGAGAGCAAGGACGACUACGAGACGCAUAUCGAGGUGUCCAUGGUGGAAAUCUACAACGAGACCAUUCGGGAUCUGCUCGCUCCGGAGGGGACGGUACCACCAGUCGGCGGACUGAAGCUGCUCGAGAACGAAAAGGAGCGGGUGCGGGUGGACAAGGUCACGCUCCUCCGCCCUCAAUCGGUCGAGGAGGUCAUGGACUACGUCCAGCUCGGAAACGCUCGUCGGAGCACCUCAUCAACCGCGAUGAAUGCCGUAUCCUCUCGCUCGCACGCUGUCCUCCAGAUCAACAUCGGGCGGAACAGCAAAGGAUGCGAGAUUGACAUGGCGGAAUCAUCCGUUCGGCAAUGCAUGUCCUCGGCGACCCUCUCCAUCAUCGAUCUGGCGGGCAGCGAGCGCGCUGCAGCUACCUCCAACAUGGGCGCUCGGAUGCGCGAAGGUGCCAAUAUCAACAAAUCCCUUCUUUCCCUCUCUUCCUGCAUCGCCGCGCUCUGCGAACGCCCCACCGCCGGCCAGCGCCCCCACAUCCCCUACCGCAACAGCAAGCUCACUCGGAUGCUCAAAUUCUCCCUCGGCGGCAAUUGUCGGACGGUCAUGGUCGUCUGCAUCUCCCCUUCGUCGCGCGACCUCGAGGAUACCAACAACACCCUCGUCUGGGCCAACAAGGCCAAGAACGUCUCGACCAAGGUCAGCCGGAAUACACAGGGCGUGGAUGUCCGGGUACAGGCGUACCUCGAGGCCAUCCAGCGGCUGAAUACCGAGGUGGCGGCGCUCAAGAAGGAGAUUGCGGAGAUGCGGAACGGGGAGAAGGUGUGGAAUGAUAAUCGGCGAAUGAAGGACAGAGAGGAUUGCCAGAAGGCCGUCGUGGAUGUGGCGGAUAUGGUCGCUGGGUCUAUGGGCGUCUUGGCGGAUGGAGCAAGCAAGAGGGCGGGAUGGGACGGAGCGGAGAUGAUCGUCGCGGCGCUGAAGGGACGGCUACAGGAGGCCGAAGAGCAAAAGGCCGGGGCGGAAAUCACCCUGUUCAACUCCCUCAUCCGCCAGCAGGACAUGCGCUACAAGUCCAACGCAUCCGCCAUCAACGCUAUCGACAAGGAGGCUAGCCAAAAGCUCACCAUCGACGGCGUCCUCGGGAACCUCGAACAGCGGAAAUUCGGCCCUUCGGUCGACCCAUCCGAUCUGGAUAAUGUCAAGACGCACGUCCAGCUCAAGCGAGCCGAGGUGGACCGGGCGAUCAUGGAGGCGAGGGAGAAGGUGUAUCGUCAGACCAUCCAGGCACAGGCGGGGGCGAUCGCUACUGCUGCUUCGACGCUGCACCGGCUGUCUACCGGUCUGGCGUCUCAGCUCGCCGAGCUCGCAGCUCGUGGGGCGCAGUUUGGGGACAUCACUGGCGAGCUGGAGCGUAUGGGCGAGUCCAGCCGCUCGGCACUAUCCAGCUUCUUUCUCUCUGCCGCUAGCGGUGCACUCCCCUCCAUCCCCGCAGCACCCUCUCUCGGCCGGCCAGCAGCUACCAGCAUAUCGCCCCCUACCGCAACCGCUCGAGCUACUCUGGGCCGGCCAGCCCGUAGUCGCCCGUCCGUCCUGUCCCGACCCGGCGAGGCGUCCUUCUCGCUCAAAUCCGCGGUUCUCGCUUCUCCUGCCGGCAAGCGGCUCUUCGCGGCGCAGAAUCUCAAACUCCCAGCUUCGCCCCUGCGGAAACCACAUCACGUCACGACACCCGGCAAGCGGAAACUCCGUCAUUCUUUGGCGCCUGUCAAGCCUAUCGCCAAGGCUCGACCGGUCAUCAAGGGUCUGCGGUGGAAGGACGAGGCGGGAGAAGGGGAUCUGGAGCAGAUGAAGGUCAUGACGAGCGAUGAUUCCAGCUCGGGGAAUCUGCUCAGUUCAGGAGAAGAUGGGGAUGCUUCGGGCGAAUGGGAGGAGUGCGGGGAUACCGUCAAGCCAUUACCGGUCCUCUCGCUUCCAAAGCCCAAACGGAUCAUACCACGCGCCGCGCCGCCCGUCUCGGCCAUGAAACAGACCAUCGCCUUACCCAAAUCCAGUCCGCCCAGCCAGCCAUCCUCUUCGAUACCGGUCCGCCGGCUCCCCUCUCCCCUCGGUCCUUCUCCCUUCGCACCAUCCAUGCCGCCUCCACCUGUUCCCUCUCUCCCCUCUUCUUCAGCUGGGCAGAACGAGUACUGGAAGGGAGCUCGGACAUACCGACCGGCUGCAAUCCUCUCGGGCCUUCGGACGCUGGAUGAGGAGGGCUCAUCUGGCUCCUCACCUGACUCUGAGCCUAGCAAGCAGCCUGCUCCGCUCGGUCUUGGGCUGGGUCCACCGACUCGGAUCCGCCUACCCCUGAAUGACCGCUCGGACGUUCCAGGCGGUAAUACCAGCACGAGCUAUGCCGGCUCCUACCCUCCCCAAUCCCUCGCGUCAGGCUCCGGCUCGGGCCUCUACCGUCCAACCAUGUCCUCUAUCGGCAAGGCAGCGGGCAAGACAGCCUCCCCCGUUUCCGUAUCCGGAACGACCGGUCCCAGACCCUCCAUCUCGUCCGGCUUCCCCACCCUCAACCGCCGUGCAUCCAGUAUCGGCCCCCUUCGGACCGCACGCAGCAAGGCCCGCCUGUCCACCGCACCCGGAAUGGCCAGCUCCCAUCCGGCCGAUAACAGCUCUCUCGCGCCUUUCGCCGGAGACGUCAGCACCCAGAGCGCAUUGAGCGGAGGCGCACACCGCCUGUUCGCGCCGACCGCGUCGUCGCUCAGCAGGCGGGCGUCCACGCUCAACCUCGGGAGCAUGCCGGUGGUGACUGGGGUAGGGGAGACGGGGAGCCUGAGGGGCCCAAGACCGAGUAUGAGCAUGGCGCAGCUGAGGCCGAUGGGGGCGAGACCGAGUGUGCAGGGAUUGUUUAGGCCGAGUUUGGGGAUGCGGGCGGGUGUGGGGGCGGAAACGAUGGGGCCGCCGAGAUGA